AUGCCUACGUACGCUCAAUCUAGUAUCUGGGGUGGACGAGAAGACACGCAAGCUUGGAUUCUGGGCAACAAUAUCGAGACCUCCUUUAAUCAGUCGAGGUCAUCCUCACCAGUGGAUUCAGUUCAAGCCUCAGACCAGAGUUUCAAAGAAGGCCCAGACGCCUCUUCUCGAAGUUCGUGCAGCACAGGCAAUGAUUCCCAUACUUUCAAAGGACUUCCUCAACUCGAGGGCCUUUGCCAGAUCCCUGAGAAACAUCGUCUUCCAGGCAUGGCUCGGUUUCUGACACCACCAACGUCUGAUAACAAUCCCGCAAGCUGUAUCAACACCUGUCAAGACCGUGACGGCGGAGAACGGCACUGCCCAAAGGCUUUGAAUGAUGUUUCAAGCCUUCAUUCACUUGGUGCCACGGCACCGUCAAGUCAUGGCAUACAUCACUCGCGAUACUCGUUCAACAGUAGCACGAGCUCAAGUUCUCCAAUCGAGGCCCCAAACCUCGUCCCCCACAAACAGACAUUGAUCUCCAAGGACAUCAAAUCGCCAACCGAGCCCACUUUCCCGAACAAUCAAAACCUCACAGCAUCAGUAUGCGGCAUAAGACAAGUCUGGGCCGCCCUCGAAGCCAACCGUGGAGUCGAAAAGUAUCAAACAAACCUCGAACUCAUCACCUCCCUAUCAAAACGCAUCUCCAUCGACGGCUGCACCCUCUUCGAAUACCACAUCUCUCAUCUUCUAGAAAGCGACAAUCACGUCCACAGAAUGAAGAAACUCUGGCUUAGCCUCCCCGCAGGCCAAAAGACAUAUUGGCGGAAACACAGCUCCAAAUUCCAACUUCCACUAGCUUUCGACUUCUGGCAACUUGCUCUUCGCAAUCUAGAGACCGAUGAUCACGAGGAGAGGUACUCUAGUAUGGUUCGAAGAGCGAAGAGGAUUCUUGAGGAUGCGAGUGUUGAUUCUGAAGGACACAUCGUCGCUAGUCAAGAUUGGAGACGUCCUGUGCCAGAACGUGAGCUACAACUCUCGAAAUUCGAUGAGUUUUCAGCAACGAGGAAGAUUCAGAAAAGGUUACACAAUAUCCGAGUCAGUUAUGGUGAGAGGACAAUGAUACUCUGUCGCAGUUUGGCGCCUUUCAUCGGCGGGACUGGCUGGACCAUGUUUGCGUAUCAUGGCAUUCCGAGAUGCGAGGAGCAGGACGAGAUGGAGGUUAUGGCGAAAUUGAGGGCGAUUUGGAGCGGUAUGACGGCUGAUGAUAGGCUGUAUUGGAUGGAGAUAUCUGGCUGUUUGCUUCGUGGGUUGAAGUGUGGAGAUGUGGAUUCGUUGGUGUAUUUCAGCUUUGAUGCUUGGGCUGUUAAGGAGGCAAGAGGAUCUGCUGAAGCUUGGGGACGAUUGCUGGCUUGA